UUUGAAAAUGCCAUUUGAGGAUCAAAAGGAAUUUACACAUGAAAACAGAGGAGGUUGUAAAGAACCUCUACAAACCGUGAAAAAGUGUGUCUCCCUUGUGUUCCUUCAAAACAAAGGAAAGAUAGCCACACCUCACAACCCUAUACGCCCACAGAAUUAUAUUCGCUUUGGAUUUAUUUAUUUAUUUAUUUCCGUAAAAUUAUUUUUUCCUUUCUCUCUUUGAUCGCGCAGAGAGAGAGAGAGAGAGGAGCUUCAAAUAAGCAACACCACCAUCGCCAUCCUCAACCGCCCGAUUUGAUGACUCCCACUUUGACAUGUCGCCGGCGUUGAUCACCCAAGCUCCUCCGGCUCACACCCAACAACACUCCAACGGUCAGAUUUCCCACCCUUUCUCGCUUGAUUUUUCUGGGUUUUAUCCUGAGAAUCAAUCUAACAAGCAACGUAACUUUGUCUCUCAACACAUGAACCCUUCUUCUUCGAAUGCCACCGCUGAUAAAGCUCCUGGGUUUUCAACCUCCAAUGAAAAUAAAUCGAAUAUCAGGUUCGAAUCCCCGCCCCUUUCCGUUUCGAGAUCGGGUCCUUCUGGGCUUUCGAGGCCCAGGCUCGGGAAGGUCAAAAGGAGAUUGAAUUCGCAGAACCCGAGACCGCCGGCGAUCCCCGAAACGCAGUCUGGUAUCGGAUACAAUCCGUUUCGAUCUGUUUCGGAGAGUACUAAUACAGUUCCAGCCUCAUCGUCCGGGUCCCAUAUUGGUACAGCGGUUUUAGGUGAAUUUGCUAAGAGUGGCAAUGAGGGGUUUGUUUUUGGAGCGACUAGGAACAACCCGAAUGAAAGUUUAAGUUGGGGUCACGUGGAUUCAACCGGAACAAGUUUUGGAAGAGGAGGAAUUGUUGAAGAUUUUAAGAAUUUGAAAAUUGGGAGUGGCAAUGAGUUUUUGAAUGCUACAGGUGGAUUUUUUGGUUCUUAUACAAGUGGGAUGAGCUCAAGUCCUGCCAUGGGGUCGGAGAGAGGCGGUUUUGUAUUUGGUAGUGGUUAUAAGGAUGCUCAUAGUAGUAUUGAUGAGAGCAUUGUGGCUGAGCUUCCAGAAGAUAUAAGGAAGCUGAACAUUAAAGAUGCUGUGAAUGAGAAAACUCAAAUUGGAAACGCUAAUUUGGGUGCGAAGGAUAAUGUCAGGCUUGGAUCAGAGAGCAGUGACAAUGUGGGUGGUUCCUUUGGCAGAAAUAUAGAAUCAGAACUCCAGAAUGAGCUGAGGAAGUUGAAUAUCAACGAAACCAGGGAGUUUGAUGGAUUUGGAAGCAGUACAAGGGUUGAUCUCCAAAAUCAACUGAAGAAGUUGAAUAUCAAAGAAACUACGGAGCUUGGUGGAUUUGGAAGUAGUACAAAGGUUGAUGAUUCAUUUAGUACACUUCCUGAUGAACAAUUUACCUUUCAGGCAGGACCGCAUGGAAAGAAUGCUAGUGGCUACCAAGCUCCUUCAGACCAAAUGAAAGAUAAUGCCAAAGCGAGUGGAGUUGCUGCUUCAUCAUCUGCUUUUUCAUCCACUGGUACACAUUUUCAAACACUGGGGAAUAAUUUUGAAGUGCCCGCUAUGGAUAGACCUGAUAGGAGGGAUGAAUUUAUCUUCACAGGCAAACAAGCUUGUUUAGGGACACCUUAUGUUGAAUUCAAAACACCAAAUCCCCAAAAAAGCAUAUUUACUGGCUUAAAUGAGAAAGUGGAAUUCAGUGCAAAGAGAGAAAUUAGAGAUACAAGAGCCAAAAAAAAGAGUGGAAAACAGGCACGUCCUACUAAAGUCCAACUGUGGCUUCAGCAAGAUUUUGUUUCUAGAGGAAGCAGUUCCCAAGAAAACCCUGAGGCUUCUGACUCGUAUUCGCCCAUGGAUGUUUCUCCAUAUCAGGAGACAUUGGCUGAUAAUCGUUGUUCUAGAGAAAAUUCUGUGACAUCUGAUGAGUCUUUAGGUGUUGACAACUAUCCAGCAACUGAUUCAACACCAACAGUUUCAGUUGAUGCUGUUGAUGAGGAUCUGACCAUGGAAACUGCCCGCUUGAGCAUAAAUGAAAUUGGUGCAACUUGCAGAGAAACAAAAGAUGAAGGUUUUGAAUGCCCCAUUGAUAAUAGUGUUGGAGCUGAAGGACCUCUGGAGGAGUCUGCUUCUGGGGCCGAAACUGAAAGCUUUAAGUCUGCGACUGAGGAAGUAGACUUUGUAGAAACUGAAGCCAGUUUAAGCUCAAACGUUGAGACACAUUAUAGUGAUGGAAGAGCAGCAUUUGGUUUUGCCACAAAUUCAGAAGAUAUAAAUGGACCUAACUUUACCUUUUCUGCCUCUUCUGCUGCUCAAGGUCAAUCAUCCUCAUCGACCCACCUACACAAAAAGAACAAUCGGCUGAAAGUUGAUCAAGAUACCAGUAAUACCAUUCCAAAUGCUAAGUUUCCAUAUGCAUCGUCCUCUGUACAGUUUAUACCAGUCUCGGGAGCUUCAUUACUUCUAUCACCAGGACGUGGUCAGAGAGGAGAUCAAUCUAAUUUGCUGCACAAAGGGGUGGAUGAAUCUAGCGCUGAUAAAGGACAAGAUAACAAGCAAGAAUCUGUUUCUACUUCUGCUGCAACAGUUGCAGCUCAGGAAGCAUGUGAGAAGUGGCGACUAAGGGGAAACCAAGCUUAUACAGCUGGGGAUCUGUCUAAAGCUGAGGAUUGUUACACGCAGGGGGUGAAUUGUGUUUCUAGAAGUGAAACAUCUAAAAGCUGCCUGAGGGCUUUGAUGCUCUGCUAUAGCAACCGUGCAGCAACUCGUAUUUCACUCGGAAAAAUGAGAGAUGCUCUUGGAGACUGUAUGAUGGCUGCUGAAAUAGAUCCCAACUUUCUCAGGGUGCAAGUCAGAGCUGCCAAUUGUUACCUUGCCCUUGGGGAAGUUGAAGAUGCAUCACAGCAUUUUAAGAAGUGCCUGCGGUCAGGGAGUGAUGUCUGUGUAGACCGGAAAGUUGCUGUUGAAGCCUCUGAUGGCAUACAAAAGGUUCAGAAAGUUUCCGGAUGCAUAAAUCUUUCUACUGAACUUUUUCAAAGGAAAACAUCUACUGAUUUGGAGAAUGUAUUGGGUUUGGUUGCUGAGGCUUUGAUAAUAAGCCCGUACUCAGAAAAAUUACUAGAGAUGAAAGCAGAGGCUCUUUUCAUGAUGCGAAGGUACAAGGAGGUGAUUGAGCUGUGUGAACAGACCCUUGAUUCGGCUGAAAAGAACUCUCUUCCUGUAGAUGCUGAUAACCUAUCUGCUAAUUUGGAUGGCUUCAAAUUCUCAAAGUACUAUUACUUUAGGCUCUGGAGGUGCCGUGUUAGUUUCAAAUCCUAUUUUUUUCUAGGAAGGCUAGAGGAGGGUCUUGCUUCAUUAGAGAAACAAGAUGAAAUGCUUUCUAAGACAUUUAGAAAUGGAAGCCAAAUUCUGGAAUCAUCACUACCACUAGCUGUUACUGUACGUGAGCUCGUACGUCACAAGGUUGCAGGGAAUGAAGCAUUUCAGGCAGGAAGACAUGCAGAAGCUGUUGAAUGUUAUACUGCUGCUUUGUUAUGCAAUGUGGAGUCACGACCUUUUGCAGCUGUUUGUUUUUGCAAUCGUGCUGCCGCAUACAAAGCAUUGGGCCAGAUUACUGAUGCUAUUGCAGAUUGCAGCUUAGCUAUAGCUCUUGAUGGAAAUUAUCUGAAGGCUAUAUCUAGAAGAGACACGCUAUAUGAAAUGAUCAGAGACUAUGGACAAGCAGCUAAUGAUAUUCAGAGACUAGUAUCUCUUCUCGCUAAACAGCUAGAGGAGAAGACCAGUCUGAUAGGAGCACCAGAUAAAUCACUAAAUUUGUCAAAUGAUUUGAGACAAGCUCGUCUGCGGCUUUUUGAAGUAGAAGAAGAAGCUCGAAAAGACAUCCCCUUGGAUAUGUACCUCAUUUUAGGAGUUGAACCAUCCGUUUCAGCAUCAGAAAUUAAAAAGGCCUAUCGUAAAGCUGCACUUAGGCAUCAUCCUGACAAGGCUGGUCAAUUCUUGGCAAGAAGCGACAAUGCUGAUGACAGGCUGUGGAAGGAGAUAGCAGAAGAAGUCCACAAGGAUGCUGACAGACUUUUUAAAAUGAUUGGGGAGGCAUAUACAGUACUUUCAGACCCUACCAAGCGUGCUCGGUAUGAUGCUGAAGAGGAGAUGAGGAAUGCACAAAAGAAACGAAAUGGAAGCAGCACAUCUAGAGCACACACUGAUGUUCAAAAUUACCCAUUUGAAAGAAGCAGCAGUAUGCGCCAAUGGAGAGAGGUCUGGAGAACACACGGUAAUGCAUCCUCUAGAGGGUCAGAAGCCACUCAGUCGAGUAGAUAUCCAUGAAAAAAAUUUUGUAUAGACAUGCCUGAGGACCUUGAAUUUCCAGAUUGACAUUUUGGGCCCAAGGAAGAUGGAUGUAUCAGUAGCAACAUGCAGAAGAAUGUGGCUUCAGUUGGAAAGAUUCACCAAAUUAGUGAUAACCUCCAGCAAGGAUCAAUAGCUUGAAUGAUGGCUUUUAUUCUGUACUGGGAUAUCAGAAAAUCCAGAAACAAAAAAUGGAAAAUGAAGAGGAGACUUUCCAGAAGCUUAAGUGGCAAUACCAUGGUUUGAAAGACAAUCUAGGCUUGAGGGGACCAAAAGAACAUGCCCUUGUAAAUCCACCGGAAAUGUGUACAGAUGAGAUUAGAUAUAGAACAUAACACGCAGCGAGAAAUUAAUUUGAGUAAACAGUAUACAGUCUGCUUGUCCUGGCACACUUGACUGACUGAGAGAACAGCAAUGAGACUGAAGCAAUUUUUCAAUAUGGGUCAGAAGAAAGGAGAGAGAUCAAUUUUGUGUUAUUUAUUUUUUCCAUAAUUUUUUUUAGCACUCAUUGGGUUUGAAAGGAGUGUAUUGCAGUACACAGUUGAGUGUUGAUAGAUAUACAUCGGUUGAGGGAUUUUUUUUAUUGUACAGUUUAUUUGUUGCGUUUCUUUUGCUAAUACUACACUAAAUCAGGGAAAAAAGAAGUGAAGUUUGAAAGAAUCUGUGUAAUUCGUUAAGUUUUCCAUAGAAAGACAUUUGUUGUAUA